AUGCACCCCCGGUCACGACACUCGCAGUUGUUGGACUAUGUUCUCGUUCGGCAGCGAAAUCGGCAAGACGUGAUGAUGAUCAAGGCCAUCUAUGACGCCGAUGGCUGGACGGAUCAACGCCUCGUCAUCCCCAAGAUGAGGCCCGGUCUGCAACCCCGCAGGAGGCCACGAGAUAAGCGACCACCAGGUAAACUGAAUACAGAUUUGUUGUCUUUGCCUGCUCACCACUUGCAUUUCGGCAAUCAACUGACAUUGCGGCUGGAAGACCUGCCUAUCGAAGAUGAAAACGUCUCCGUGGAGACACAGUGGUGCCAAUUGCAGGACGCCGUUCAUUCAAUCGCCCUGGGUGUCCUCGACCGCGCACGUCGUCAGCACCAGGACUUCUUCGACGACAACGACGCAGUCAUCAACAACCUGCUCGCCGAGAAGAACAGGCUGCACAGAGCCUAUCUCGACCGUCCGACCAAUGCCGCCGUCUUGCGCAGCAACGAUUGA